AUGCCGCCGCCGAGCUCCGCCUCGCACGGGCUCCCGAGCGAGAUUCUCGAGAUGCUUGGCCGGGUGCAAGACCAGGCCAUGAUCUUCUCCUUCACCGUGGACGAAAAUAACGAGAACGCUCGCUUUCCUUACGCCUCGCCGGGAGCGCAGGCCGUGUGCGGCGUGUCUGCUGAGGAGGUGAUGAGUGACGCUAUGGAGCUCGUCGGAAGGAUCCACGACGAUGACCAGCGUAGCUACUUUUCUUCCGUGGAGGAGUCUUGGAAGCAGCUAUCCGAGUGGAACUUCACGUGGCGCUCUCGCUUCCCCGGCUACCCGAAUAACUACAAGUGGCUCAAGGCCAGCUCAAUGCCAAAGCGGCUUCCCAACGGGCACACCAUCUGGUAUGGCGCGGUGUAUGACGCGGACGCCGAAACGAGGCUUGGGGACUCGGAGAAGCGGCAGACCGAGUCGGCCGCUUCCAACCGUCUUUUGCAGUCGGAGAAUGACUCCAUCUCCAACAAGCGCGUGUACGAGUCCUCCAAGUCGUUCGGCGAGUAUUUCCAGCUCGGCGGCGAGAAGCGCUUCCUCGACACCGUCGAUGACGGGGCGGUCCUGCGGGAGCUGCUGGCGGCGGCGCGGCACGAGAUGCAGCCGAUACGCGACCUGGCCGUCUUCAAGCCGACGCACAGCAGCAACGAGCGGACGCUGCGCUGCCGUGCGGUCGAUCUCUCCGGCGUCGAGGGCUUCACGAGCGUGCUCGUG